AUGGGAUCAAAGACUCCUGAACACGAGAGCCAUACAAAUGGCAAUGACCCAUCCGGGUCAAUCAAUGCCCACGGCACCGGCGGCGAACCACGAGGCGCCCAUCUUUCCCGGGAUGGCGAUGGAAGCCUGGGGGAUGGCGAUGGGGGUGAAGACGCCGACGGAGACGAUAAGGCUCGGGGGGCUGAAGUGUCGCUAAACCCGCAGUCUACCUCCGCUUCUACCAAGAAGAAGCGGAAGAAGUCCAAGAAGAAGGCUUCGUCUGGUAAACAGUCGUCGCCACCACGAGUCCCUCUGGACCAGAUAUUUUCUACCGGCCAGUUUCCAAGUGGAGAGAUUCAGGAGUAUGAAUCCGUGGUCGAAAACACGGCUCGUACGACCGCCGAGGAAGACCGAUACCAGUCGCGUCGUCACAUCCACGACGACAAAUUCCUGAGUGACUACCGCAAAGCGGCGGAGAUUCACCGCCAGGUCCGGAAGUUUACGCAGGAAAGCGCUCGGCCCGGUUCGACCCUCACAGAUAUUGCUGUGAAUAUUGAAGACGGCGUGAGAGCGCUGCUCGAUAAUGAAGGGCUUGAACCUGGAAGUGCGCUAGUCUCCGGAAUGGGAUUCCCCACGGGUCUCUCUCUGAACAACUGCGUCGCACACUAUACGCCUAAUCCUGGACAGAAGGAGAUUGUCUUGAAAUCGACCGAUGUGAUGAAGGUUGACUUUGGUGUCCAUAUCAACGGUUGGAUUGUUGAUAGUGCCUUCACCAUGUCCUGGGAUCCGACUUAUGAUAAUCUGCUUGCUGCAGUGAAGGAUGCAACAAACACCGGAAUAAAGAAUGCUGGUGUCGACGUCCGCAUCAGCGAUAUCAGCGCUGCCAUCCAGGAAGCGAUGGAAAGCUACGAAGUGGAAAUCGGAGGUAAAACUUUUGCUGUAAAAGCAGUUCGAAACAUCUCUGGGCACAAUAUCAAGCAAUAUCGGAUCCACGGUGGAAAGUCUAUCCCUUUUGUGAAGAACAAGGACCAGACCAAGAUGGAAGAAGGGGAGGUCUUUGCCAUCGAGACAUUCGGUACUACCGGAAAUGGCUACUUGGUCGAUGGACCCGGCGUCUACGGGUACGGCAGAGACCCACAUGCGCCGAAGAGAAUCGUCUCGCCUCUUGCCUCUGCCAGGUCUCUCAACAAGACCAUCAACGACAAUUUUGGCUCGCUUGUAUUCUGCCGUCGGUACCUUGAUCGCCUUGGUAUCCCGAUCGGGAGGUAUUUGGCCGGUAUGAACAACCUUGCUUCUCAAGGUAUCGUCGAAGUCUACCCGCCUCUAAUGGACAUCAACGGGUCAUACUCUGCGCAGUUCGAACAUACUAUCUUGCUGGGAGAAACAAGCAAGGAAGUUAUCAGUCGCGGCGAUGACUAUUGA